CGCUCGCUUCGAGACGAGCACUGCUGCCAUGGCCUCGUCCAGCUCGACCCAGCCCGCCAUCCAAUUGACCGCAGCAGCAGGUUUCGUAUCCGGCGCCAUCGCAGCAUGCACAGCCGUCACCAUCACCAACCCGAUGGAGGUCGCCAAGACGCGACUGCAGCUCGACGGCGAGCUUCAAGGCCGAGCGCACCUCCCGCCCAAAGUCGCGGCCGCCGCAGCAGGCGCACCACCACCAGGAGCAGCAGCCAUCCCUGAGAUCCCGCCGAGCCUCAAGGCCGGGCCAAGUGGCAAGGUGUACACGAGCGCGCUCGACUGCAUGCAGAAGACGUGGCGGCACGAGGGGCUCGGCGGCAUUCAGCGAGGACUCGGAGCAGCAUACGCGUACCAGAUCGCGCUCAACGGCUCGCGGUUGGGCUUCUUCGAGCCGUUCCGCCACGCCAUCAACUCGCUCGCCGGCUACGACAAGCGCGAGACGCACGCGUGGACGAGCAUCAUGGCGGGCGCGAGUUCCGGUGUCGUCGGAGCCAUCCUCGGCAACCCGCUCUUCCUCGUCAAGGCGCGCAUGCAGGCCUUUUCGCCGUUCAACCCGGUCGGCGCGCAGCACAACUACCCGUCGGCACUGCACGGCCUGCGCGCCAUCGUCGCCAAGGAGGGUCCGCGAGGGCUCGCGCGCGGCGUCGACGCCGCCAUGCUGCGCACGGCCAUGGGCUCGUCGGUCCAGCUCCCGUCGUACAACCUCGCCAAGACGACGCUCGUCGGGUGGGGCAUGGGCGACCACAUCGGCACUUUUCUCCUCAGCAGCACCUUCUCGGGCUUGGUCGUGUGCGCCGUCAUGCAGCCUGCAGACACGGCCUUGACGCGCAUGUACAACCAGUCGCCCAACUCGAUCGGCCCGGACGGCAAGCCUCGAGGGCUCCUCUACAAGAGCCCGAUCGACUGCCUCAUCAAGACCUGGCGGACCGAGGGCGUCCUCGGGUGGUACAAGGGCUCGGUCGCACACCUCGCGCGCAUCGCGCCGCACACGGUCGUCACGCUCGUCGCCAACGAGUUCAUCUCGCGCAAGUGGACCGAGUACAAGCGCAGCAACGGAACGCUCGCGCGCGACUAGACGGAGUCGGGACGAGUAGACGAAGCGCGCCGCCGAGGCACAGAAUGCAAUGCCGUGUCGUACAACUGC